UUUGAUUUUUACUUCUUUACAUGAGUUUCUGGAGCUUAAUCUUUCACUUUUUGAAAAUUUUGAAUCUAUUAAAGGAAAUUUAGGUUUUAGCUUUUUCUUUGUUGGUGUUGUUGUUAAGCUCUGGGUGUUUUUAGCUUCCAUUGCUAGUGUGACUUACAGUUGUUUGUUCUGUUCUACUUUUAAUCAUUGGAUGCUUUUAUGACUCUUUUUUCUUUUGAACUCAAACAAAAAUCUUGUGAUUGGGUGCUUUUUUUAUUUAUUUUUAUUUUUUUAUUUAUCUCUUACUUGGGAAUUUGAAAAUAUCGCAAUUUGGAUUUUGGGAUUUGCCUUCACAUUCCUCUGCUUUCUUUUUCUUUCUUUUUACUCUUUUAUGUGUUUUGGGAAAUUUCCUUUUUUAACAUGAGAACUAGCUGAGUAAUUGAUGCGUAUAAGGAUUAAAUUUAUCGAUGAUGAUUAUAUAUUUUGUUCUUUCUUCCCGUUAACUCUGGCCGAGAUAAGAGGAGCUAUGAUUUUGUCCAUUUCUUUUUAAUUUUUUUAAUUUUUUUUAAUUUUGGAAACUUAUAUGAAUUGACAGCGAGAAAGAGUGAGAAAAGCAUGUUAUUUAAUGCUUCUGGCUCUUUCCAUUCCACCUUUCUUCAGUUAUCAUAGCUCCGGUAUUUCAUGCAUGAACCUUCUCUAUUUGAGAUAGAUGAAAAUGUUCAGCGAGAAAUCAUCAAUCACAGGUCACUGAGGCACCCUAACAUAGUCAGGUUCAAAGAGGUCAUCUUGACCACUACCCACCUUGCAAUUGUAAUGGAAUAUGCAUCUGGAGGAGAGCUCUUUGAGCGUAUAAGCAAUGCAGGACGCUUUAGUGAGGAUGAGGCUCGCUUCUUCUUUCAACAACUAAUAUCGGGAGUCAGCUACUGCCAUGCAAUGCAAGUGUGUCACCGGGACUUGAAGUUGGAGAACACUUUACUGGAUGGAAGUCCAGCUCCUCGUUUGAAAAUAUGUGACUUCGGCUACUCAAAGUCAUCUGUGCUCCAUUCACAACCAAAGUCAACUGUCGGAACACCUGCAUACAUUGCUCCAGAAGUGCUAUUAAGGCAAGAAUAUGAUGGCAAGAUCGCAGAUGUAUGGUCAUGUGGAGUGACCCUCUACGUGAUGCUUGUUGGAGCCUAUCCUUUUGAGGAUCCUGAUGAACCAAAGGAUUUCCGGAAGACAAUACAAAGAAUCCUAGGCGUCCAGUAUUCCAUUCCCGACUGUGUUCAAAUAUCUCCCGAGUGUCGCCACCUAAUAUCAAGGAUUUUUGAGGCAGAUCCUGCAACGAGAAUCACUAUUCCUGAGAUUAAGAACCAUUCCUGGUUUUUGAAGAAUCUCCCAUCGGAUUUGAUGGAUGAAAACACAAUGGGAAAUCAAUUUGAAGAGCCUGAUCAACCGAUGCAGAGCCUCGAUGCAAUAAUGCAGAUAAUUGCUGAGGCCACAAUACCAGCAGUUGGUUCACAUGGCCUUAUGUGCAUGGCAGAUAACCUUGACAUGGACGACGAUGACGACAUGGACGAUCUGGAUGAUGAAUCUGAGCUUGAUAUAGAAAGCAGUGGUGAAAUAGUUUAUGCAAUUUGACAAAUUGAUAUCAAGGUGCAGAAGCGACAAAUUAUGGGACUUUUCUUUUGGGACUGGUUCUGACUUUGAAAGAAUUUGUUAAGAGGGAAGAACAUUAACAUGUUCUCAUCGCUUUGUAGAUUAUCUUUACAAGUGCUUUUUGCUAGCCUCAGGUUUACCUUACCUGCUCCUUUGGAUUAUGCCAUGUCACUAAAACGCAGCUAUUAACUCGCGUUGUUGAAAAUGAUUGAAAGGCUAUGAGUUAUGAAGGCGGCACGGUCGGAUGAAAGUGCAAUGCUGUCAAAAGUCAGAAGAUCUAUUCUGUUUUCAGGAAGCCAGUUGAACUUGGUUUUACUAUUGCUUUUGACAUUGUCCUGUCUUUGUUUGUCUUGAUUUUGCAUGAAUUUAUGUACUUUGUACAAAAGUUGUGGACUUUCAGUGCUGUGAUUUGUCUCAUUUCCACUGUUGCUUCAUAAGUUAGAGUCAUUACGUUUUGACAGGAGAAGUUCAUCUUUCUUUCUAGUUGCAGCACAAACAAAAUCUAUUUCAUGUCAAUUACAUAGAGGUAUUAGAAGUUACAGGUUAUGUGGAUUCACCUCCAAUUUUGGUUCAUAAAAUAAAGCCCCUUUAAAUUGCUGUA